AUGUCCACCACGGCGCUGACCUUAGCCUCGGAGUUUGCAGAGGCCAAGGAAGGUCUCCUGAAGGAUGAUUCUGAGUUGGGUAUGAAGAUGGAUGUGGACAAGGCUAAGGAAGCCGCAAGCAGCAUCAAGGACGACACCACGAAGUUCGCUUCUCAGCUCCAAAAGGACAUCGGCGCUACCUGGGAAGAGAUGCGAUCGGCCAAGUUCACUAUGGCCUUGGACGAGGAGGACGACACCUGGUGGAAGAAGGGGGCGAAGUGCUUCAUGACCUAUCUGAUGAAACCCCUGAUCAUCAUUAUCAUGAUCUACGUCUUCCUUGCGCAGCAGCUGUACAAGGUCUACAAGAUCCUUCCGAUCCAUCUGAUCGAGAUGAUCUUCGGCAUUGGGCUUUGCUUCUUUGGAGGUGUGUACUUUGCCUCCAUUGCAGCCUUUGAAGCCUUUCGCAACUUCGGCGGCCAGUUGCUGAUUGACGAGCUGUCCCUGUGCUGGGAGCAGGCACUUCUUGUCAAGGCGGCCAAUGAGAUUGACGACAAAAAAGAUGAGAACAAGGAUGGUAUCGAGGAUGUGAAGCAGAUGAGCUACAACGAGCUCAUCAACCACAAGGCUAAGAUGGCAAUGAUGGCUGUCGAGAAGCCUGAUCGCUUGAUGAAGGCGACACAAUAUCUCUUCACAGCAUGGGUGUCGGUCAUUGCUACCUUGAAGUCGCAGUUCGCCAAGACCGUGGCUAUUGCGCUUGGCAUUGCGGAUCAGCUGGAGUUACCCAUGGUCCAACUUUUCGGGCCUGGGCUUGCAAUGCUCUUGGGCAAGGACUUGAAGCACUGGGUGGGACCUAUGAUUGGAACCACCGUGAAGGUUAUCGCUGUGGUGGUUGCGUCUUACAUCCAGGCCAUCAUCAGCGCAUUCUACUCUGGCAUCCGUGGCGGCCGAUUGUUUGGAGAAGCGUUCAUGUACGGAGUGAUGCCGUACGUGAGUCCAUACCUUCCCGAAUGCAUGAACAUCCCCAAGGAUUUCAACCCGGAAGAGUCCUACAUUGACGAGAUUGUCGGCUUUCCGCUAGCGGCAGCGGGCUUUUAUUACCAGCUGACGAACGGGUUCACCUUGGACUUCCCCUACAACAUCAUCAUGUUCCCCUGCACCAUGGUGGAGUGGAUCAUCCGCUGGCACGUCUACACUUGA